AUCGUGGUGCUUUUAGAGUGGGGUGAGCACGUGAGAAAGGAGGACGGGUAGUACUCGUGCGCCUCUCGUUCGCACACGAGAGAGUCCUGGUGAGGGUUCCCCCCUAGUGCCAGUUUCGUGUACUCUCUCUCUCUCUCUCUCGUCCAUUCGUGGACUGAGUUGGAACGAUUGAAGAGAGUUAGUGUACAACCGCGGGUGGAAGCAGGAGCGUAUUCAGUGUGAGUGAGAGGAUAGGAAUCGAGUUGAGGUUGGUGGCGAGCAAGAGACGAACGACGGGUACAGAGUGGCGGUACACGGGGCGCGAGAAAAGCCAGUAGUGUGCCGUGGACCACCGCACUGGCAUACCGUGGUUCGUUACGAUACCCUUCGUACACCCUUUUGGCCCCUAAAGUAUACAUUCAAUUCCAUCAUCGGGCGGUUAUCGAGAAAUUUUUCAGUUUUUCGUCAGGAGUGAUCAGUGAGCAGUGAACAAUCAAGACCAAUUCGUCAUUUGUAGACGAAGUUUAUUUUUCUGAGUUUCUGGCCAUUGGCUAGAUUUUUCAAAAAUCCUUUUCAUUUGUGAUUGACGUAUAUUGUUUGGAUUAUUUUGGUACAUCAGUUUUAUCUCUUGCGGUUUUUGUUUUUACCCAGAUAUUCGCAACUGUGUACCGGCCAGUUCUCCAGGUAGACUGAAACUGGAGUCGCGUGCCGGAUUGCGCGGGACAGCCCAAGGUGGCAUUUUAUAGCCCGGUCUUAUUGCCCGAUUUUAUAGCAUCGUAACGGGCUGUUAGCCAUCAUCAUUCAAUCGGCUGUUCUUUAUACGACAUUGGUUAUCUCAGUAUAGACUUGGAUAACUGAAAAUAAGGGACAUUAAAAUAACAUUUAUGGUGUUGGAGCCAUUACUUUACGUGUCAUGUUUAUAUGGACUAUUGACAAGUUGGGAUAAUCUUCAAUUUUGUCAUCAACUCACCGGCCGCCAAUGACUUUAACGACUUUUGCGGCCGGUUUGACGUAUCAUCUUAUCACGUACUAAUUAUCAGUGUCGCUAAAUUUCCCAGUGGCAAUAAGCGUUUUGAGUACCUGUCGUGAAAUCGUUUAACUUGUUGUUUGAAUAUAUGAAAAAUUUUAAGUGAAACACUUGUGGACAGUUGUGCAUUAAAACUCUAUCAUUUGGAAGAUAUCCUUCCCCACAGAUAAAAAUUAAUUAAGUGGUGAUUGUGUUGUACAAGUGUUUCCAAGAUACCCGGAAUAAUGAACUCAUACUUUGAGCAGGGUGCGGGUGGCUUCUACGGAAGUCAUCAUCAUCAGACUGGUGCAGCAGGACAACAUCAUGAUCCAGCAACAGCAGCUGCUUACAGAAGUUUUCCACUUGGUCUCGGUAUGUCACCGUAUGCAUCAAGUCAGCAUCAUCAUCACAGCACAAGUAGCCUCGGAAUUCAUCCUGGAAGUGGUACCAAUACACGACCACCUCAGGAUUCACCUUACGACGCUAGUGUAGCAACGGCAUGUAAAUUGUACUCAUCAACACCCGAAGCAACUGGCCAUACAACAUCGUCAUAUUCAAGUACAACAAGCAAAGACUGCAAGCAACAAGAACAAGCAGUAGCAGCAGCUGCUGCUGCCCACCAGAAUGGUUAUGCUGCAGUUAUGGCUGCUGCAGCUGUCAAGGACGUUUGGCAAUCGGCGACCUCAGGCGCCAAUGGCCAAAGUAAUCCUGUUGUACGUCCAUCCGCGUGUACCCCCGAGGGCACGAGAGUCGGCAGCUACGGCGGCCUCGUGGGCGGUGAUCCAGCCUCAAGUCCCGGCAACAACGGCUCCUCUAGGUCCUUAACGUCAUCGUGGAACACCUGCAGUCUCAACUCUACCGCUAGCCAACCGGUCGCCACUCAACUACAUCAACAACCAACCGGCAACCAUACAUUCUACCCCUGGAUGGCCAUAGCAGGUGCAAAUGGCUUACGCAGACGCGGCCGACAGACAUACACACGUUAUCAAACAUUGGAACUGGAGAAAGAAUUUCACACGAAUCACUACCUCACAAGGCGGAGGCGGAUCGAAAUGGCACACGCACUAUGUUUGACGGAAAGACAAAUAAAAAUAUGGUUUCAAAAUCGGCGAAUGAAGCUGAAGAAGGAGAUACAGGCGAUUAAGGAAUUAAAUGAACAAGAAAAACAGGCACAAGCGCAAAAAGCAGCAGCAGCGGCGGCCGUUGCCCAUCAACAAGGGGGUGGAGGACCCGACGGGGGUAACUAGGGGUACGCCCUUCACCGGAGUCCCCCUGAUCACUCAAAUGCCAAUCCACACCAUCCACUGCUAGCACCACAAUGUACACAGCUAUAUUAAGGUGAGUCGCAGGCUGCUCCAACUGUUUUUGUAAUGCCAAAUAGGUGUCGAUGUGCUGCUAUCUCAAAUCCGUCGAUAGUAAAAAAAAAGAAAAUUAUAAAAACCAUAAUCGGUUGCGGCUUUUUGGAUGCUGCAUCCGGUGAGUGACUGAACCCCCCGGAGUCUCCCGUAGUGAAAAAAAACCUGACACAAAACACAUCACUUUAAUAAUUGAGAGAGAUACAAUCCUAGGAAUGCUGAAUAACUCAUGCGAUCAAUUCGAUCCACACGACUUUUCACAACUGCAAUGAUCAACAGUAGCAUCGCUAGUUCUCACUAAUCCUAGAACUACAUUUUACUUUAGUAAAAGUUGAAAAAAAAUAUAUAAAAAUUCUUUCACGUUCAUGUUUAGUGCAUCGGCAUCCGUAGAGAUUUCUUUGUAAUUUUAGUCGUGAUUUUUAUUAGGCCUUUGCCUGAUUAACGGGACCGUGCAACGAAUGAAAAUGAAAAAUAAUCGCCCGGGUGGAGAUAUACGAUGUGAAAUUAAUGAUUAAAAUUCAAAAAAUAAAAAAAAAAUAAAUUUGCCAAUCGCGUCGUAACGAAUAUACGUAAUUAUGAUAAUAAUGUGAAUCGUGGGUCAUUCUCACACGAAACUCAGAUACGUAAAGAAAAAGUCUACGAGUAAUUCGUAAGUAAAUUUAGAAUUUAGAAACAUUGUUUAGGAAAUGGAAGUGAUGUUGAGAGAAUAAAUAAUCGCAUGUCGCGACUAUGCCCCGGUGAAUAAAUAUAUUUAUAUAAUAUACAGAUCGGUGUACAAAGUCAUGAAAAUGUUCAUUUUUUUUUUCUUGAUUAAUUGUAAUUAUUCGUUUGAUAUUGAAGAAAAUGUUCACAUGUUUAGCGUAUCCGUUAGUGAGCGACAAUACGAUGACUGCUGUUAUUAUAUUUUUGUUAUGUAUAUUUCUUUUUUUAUUAUUUCACGCGAGACGCGGCGGGGACACGCUUUUACCAACCGCCAUCCUCAUAUUUCACAUUUUCGUGAGAACUUGUCAGGGGGUAAUUUCAUCCCCAAAUUGAUGCAUUGUAAUUCCGGUGGAGAUUGAUGAAAGCGUGUCUUGCAAUAAAGUUGGUAAAUAUUAUAUGAAUAUGUAUAUUUAUGCAUAUACAUCGAAGUUCAAAUUUUUUGUUAUGAUUAUGUUGUAAACGAUAUUAUCACGUAUUGGCUCAACAAAUAUUGAUUAAUGUGAAUAACGGGUGCGCGAUGUGUCCGAAAUUGCGGAGAAAAAAAUCUUCUUUUGGGGGAAAAAUUUUUUGAUUCCAUUUGUGAGUGAUUCAAGGUCAAAUUGUUCAUGGAUUUUCACUUUACGAAGAUGAAAAUUGUAUUCAAACUGUUUUUGAAGCUUCCAAGGGUUAAAAGGGUUAUAAUUUGAAGGGUAAUACUUUUUAUAUUCAUCAGAAUCGUCAAAAUGUUGAAAUUUUGCUCUUAGUUUCUCACGUACAAGAAUACUAAGAUGAAAAAAAUUGUAAAAAAAACAAUUCAACCUUGAUUCACAUUUUUUUUUAUUACAAGUCGUCUCGUUCCUCGAAUCCAUCAAUUUUUCUCAACCAUUUAGAACCUUUUAAUCUCCGUGACAGCCUAUCUUUUUCAUGAAAUCUAUAUAUUUAAAAAAAUUGUGAAAAUAUAUAUAAAAUGAUUUAAGAAAUCAGAUGAAAAAUAAUUGAACUCGUCCUCGAUUGAAGUAUGACGUAACAAAUGAAAAUCACAAUGUACGUACCUACUUAGUACCUAUACGCCUGUUUGAAUGAGUGAGAACGAGAAGAAAUGCGUGGUGAUACUCUUGCAGUAAUUUUACUCUAGUUAAUGAUUGUAUACGAGUAGCUAAGAGACAUCCGCCGCGGAAGGCGUCUAGAUGGCUUCAGAUGGUGAGGAUAAAGAGCUAACGAUGACGAUAUGGCUCGAAAAAAUCAUAAAUAGCCACCAGAAAUUGAUUUUCACUCCAUUUUUUCAUUUAUCAAAAAUUCACAGCGAUAAAAAAAAUAAUCAUACAUCAAAAAAUGGUUUACAAAUUCGCUCCUUACUUUUGAGGUUAGCUAAAUCAUUGAUAAGUUGGAAAACCUGCGUUAUCGAUUGCCAAUAAUGCAGAGAAAGUUCUAAAGUUAUUGAUGCAACUUCAAAAUUAUUUUUGUUGUUAUCGCCUCUUGAACAGUCUCAAAUUUCGAAUAGUGUUUUUUGAUGGAUCAGGGAAUUCAUUGGGAGACAAAUUCAGUGGUUUUUAAUUUUCUUGGCACGCCCUUAAAAGAAUGCAUAUAAAAUAAAGAAAAAGAAACCAGUGAAACGUAGUUAAAAAGUUUAAAAAAUACAGUAUUUCUAAGAGGACUGUAAUUUUAAUAAUUAUUUAUUUUGCGGAUCUCCGAGUUUAAAAAAAAUGAGCCCUCUAAUCGCUCCACUUGUACUAUACGUAAUUAGGUUACUUAGGUUCACUCUGAAGUGAGCAAUAAACUACGAUUUAAUGGUAGUUGUGCGUUUUUUGUGUGAACGUUGAAAGAAAAAGGGAAAUCAUUGGUCUUAUUUCUUUCAUUUUGUAAUAUAUCGAUUAUUUACCGAAAAGAAAAACAAAUGAUCCUGAUGUAUGUAUCCAAAAGCGAACAGGACUGCAUCUGCCUAAUAAAUAAAGCAUUGUCUAAUAGAAAAUAUGAAGGAUCUUGAAAUGAGGACAGGGCAGUUGCUGUUCUGAUCGCCAUUGUAUUGUUACGCUGAUUAUAUACAAUUGCUAAAAAAAAAAUGAGAAAAAAAAGAAAAUAAAUAUGACUUGAAUUCGAAAAAAAAAGUCUCGUCUCUCGACUGCUUCAUUGCUCACGGCCCUGGUCGACAGAGCUUCUACCCUUACAAAACCUCAAAAUUUUGAUGAUGUAUUUCACAGCUCCUCGAAUACAUCGUCUUCCCGGAAGUUAGCCGGUAUCUACUAAUUCCAUUAAUUAAUAUGAAACAAUUUUGAGCAAAAUACGGCUUAGAACACGAACGUUAAAAAAGAGGGACAACGAAUGAGAGACAAAUUCAUGUAGUUCCGAUAAGGAUGAGAAAACAAGAAAAAAAAUUAUCAAGAAAUAGUAUAUUUUGUAACGAGUGGAAAAAAAUUAUUUUUGGCGAGUGAUAUAAUCUCCCGACCCUCAACUAAAUACACUCAUUAUCUCUCGGUGGUGGCACCACUUUCGCCGAGAAAAACAUGUUUGAUUUAUGGAUUUCCCGUUUGAAAUGAACCUUGAAAAAAAAAUUUCCGUCUCUAAAUUAUUUAUUAAUUUAUAAAUUUUCUAAAUGUAUAAAAUCCUGCGUAUCUCAUUCACAGAAUUAUUAUAUCAACCAAGAAAAGCCUUCAAUCGCCCAGGUUUUUUAAUACCCAUUCAGCCACUAGGAGUCGCAUUCAUUUACAGCGCCGCCAAUCAUCGGAAAACCGAAGGAACAUAAAAAAAUCACCUGUGCUAAUCUGAUCUUUUCCUACUCAUCAAUCAAAAAUAUAAACAAAAGAUGAGGAUCCGAAGAAAAAACUCAAAGGAAACCCGCUAACAAACAAUAACCACCGAAGACAAUAAAAUCAUUCCACAAUCUCCUCUCUUAUAACUUCAAAUAUUCAGUAUUUCAUCCCCCACCUCCCCCCUAAAAUCAGACGCUACCGCCUGGAAAUUCCCAACGAUCCCAUAUGUACUCGAUUUGACACUGAUUUUUCCGCGCUUUAAAUCCCCCAACAACCGCCAGCAUCAAUUUUUCAGACGACUGUACCGCGCUCCCUUAACGGCGCUUAAAAGUCACAUGAAAACGGACAGUCCCACCCCCAACCACCGGCAAAAGUACUGGAACCACAAUAACGACCAGAGUCCAGCCCCAAAGUUGAUCCGGGGUCGAGGCUAUCCACCGAUAAGUCUUCCGCACGUUAUUAAUAUGUUAUUGCGGAAAGACGCCCUCAUGAAAGUCGACAAGGAGAGGAAAAAUAUGUUUUUUUUUCGAAAAAAAAAUAUGGCACAACCCCGCGGCGAAUAGAUACACAUUUGUGCGUGGAUUGUAUGUGUACCGGCCACUAAAACGUGUGAGGGAUACAGCAAAUGCUAUUUCACUGGGUGGAUGCUGGUGGUUGGGUAAAAUUCAGCAGACGCCAUUUGUAUUAAUGAAGUCGCCGACAAUGCUACACGCUAGAUGAAUUAUGUACCUGCGAUCGAGUCGAAACCAAAACGUCGGAUAUAAAGCCACCCCCUACCCCAUUCCACUCUCCCAGUACAUGAAACUCAAUUUUUCUCGUAGGUGUAACGAAAAGUCGGUAAAGUAGGUCGCCUCCGGGGGCCGCUGUCGGGGGGAUAAAGUUGGGAUUUUUUAUGCGAUUAAAAAAAAACGGCAAGUUCAUGUUUAUGAAUGCGAGCGGAAAAGUUGGCCCAACUGCGGCUUAAAUUUACGGAAAUACGGAGAAUUAAUAUCUAAUUUCAAAAGUUUUUUUUUUUGUUUGACGACGGAGUUAUUAUCUGGACGAUAUAGCGUGCAUCCGUCAUGGCGGGGAUAACACGAGCGGUUUACUUUGGA